AGUUUAGCAGUGCCGCGACGAGCGAAUAUACCGCAACCAUCGAAACUGAUAAAUCAACCAAUAAACGCGCAUAUACUGAAUGUUUUCUAUUAUUCGCGUAGUGUGCCGAUUGAUUAAAAAUAAAAGAGACUACAAAAGGUGAUAAAAUGGAGAAGAAGAAAAAUCAAUUUCCUUCAACGUUCACCAUAGAUACCUACAACUCAACGACAACGUUAGCUAAGAAUGACCAAAUCAAAAUUCCCAUCCACAAUGGUAACGAUAUUCUGCCAGAAAAAGUAUACGAUCCAUAUGAGAACAGACAAUUGGAUCAUCCUAAUACGUUCAUUGGUGCUUUGGUCCACCUGGUGAAAAGUUCCCUGGGUUCCGGAAUCCUAUCAAUGCCAAGGGCGUUCGCGAGCGCUGGACUUCUAGUAGGACUUUUUGGUACCAUCGGGGUAGGACUUCUCUGUACGCACACCGUUCACCUUCUGGUGAAAGCAUCGCAGAAAAUGUGCAUCAAAUCGAAAACGCCGAGUUUGGGUUAUGCAGAAACGGCCGAGGCAGUAUUCAAGAACGGACCAAAACAGUUCCAGAGCUGGUCGACUUUUGCAAAGAACUUCGCUGAGAUUGCUCUAGUCCUGACAUACAAUGUUGGAUGUUCAGUAUACAUAGUGUUUAUAUCGGAAUCUAUCCAAAAGUUGGUGGUGCCCUACUACCCCCCCGCCGCCGACGACGUAUUUGGCCACUACAUCAAGCUGAUGCUGCUCUGCCCGCUGAUCCUGUGCUGCCAGGUGCGCGAGCUCAAGCACCUGGUGCCCUUCUCGUUCGUGGCCAACGCCACCAUGGCGGUGGCGUUCGGCAUCACCCUGUACUACACGUUCGUCAAGAUAGCGCACGUCAAUAUCGCCGAUAGGACGAUGGUCAACGGCAUCGAGGGCGUGCCGGUGUUCUUCAGCACCGUCAUAUUUGCCAUGGAGGGUAUCGGGACGAUAAUGCCAGUAGAAAAUUCGAUGGUGAUGGAUAAGUUCGUGGGUUGUCCGGGUGUUCUGAACAUGGGCAUGUCUGUGAUAGUGACGGUGUUUGCCGCCAUGGGUUCUUUCGGGUAUGUUGCUUUCGGAGACAAAACAGAGGCCACCAUCACUCAAAAUCUGCCUUCAGAAGACAUAAUGGCCCAGGUGGUGCAAGCCUCCAUCUCCACCUCCGUCUUCUUCACCUUCAUGCUCCAAUACUACGUGCCAACCGACAUCACCAUGCGCCGCCUGCGCCCUCUAGUGCCGCAGCGCCAUCUGCCCGUGGCCGAAGUAAUAGCACGCGCCCUCCUCGUGGUCUCCAUCGUGGCGAUCGCCGCCGCCGCCGGCCACCAUCUUGGUCCGCUCAUCGACCUCGCCGGCUCCAUCUUCCUGGCGACGCUGGGCUUCCUGGUGCCCGCCCUGCUCGACAUCAUCGUCAAUUGGGGCGACUGGGGCAGGUACAAUUACAUCCUGGUCAAGGACCUGUUGCUGUGCAUGUUCUCGCUGUUCGGCACCGCCUCGGGAGCCUUCUACGCCAUCAAGGGAUUCGCUGGUGGGCAAGAGUCGUGAUCCGUGGUCCGGGAUUGGCUGAGCAGGAGUGACAAUGCGCAACAGGUGACUGCGCAUAGAUCCCGGCGUUAUGGAUGACCUCGCGAUAUUCGCGAGAGUGAUGACCCGCUAGAUGGCGCAGGGAAACCACCGUGGUGAAUGUCCGGUUCUGAGGACUCACUGAUGAUAUUUUGUUUGUACCAGUGUACAUUCGGAAUAGGAGCCAAAUUAGAAAGCGAAAGACAUUGAACAUAACCAUUUUGAAGUUCAUUACAAUCGGACUAUGAUCUAUUGUUUCGAUGUAAAAUGUUGAAGACCCAAAAUCAGGACAACGCAACGGGAAUCAACGUCGACACCAUUACGAAACGAAGGAAUAGCGAAUAAAAAUACAUGAAACUUAUAAAUCAAAGAGAUCAGCAACCCAUAUAAUAACUCUCUUGUGUUGAAACUAUCAAUUUUGAAAUGAACAAAUUUCAACUUGACAAAAAGCUUACCAUUGCACUAAUGUUUUCUUCAUGUUUUACAAUCUUGGCCUGCUCAUCGACCCCGCGGCCUUGAUCUUCUUGACGACACUAGGCUGUCUGGUGCCCGCCCUGCUCCACACCAUCGUCAAUUGGGGCACAUUGGGGCGACUGGGGCAGGUACAUUCAUGAUCGGUAGAGGUGAGGUGACACAAUGCGCAACAGGUCACUGCGCAACAGGUGCCUGCCGGCGUUAUGGAUGACCUCACGAGAUUUGCGGGAAUGAUCACCCGCUAGAUGGCGCAGGAAAACCACAGAAGUGAAGUCCAGAUCUGAGGAGUCACUGAUGAUAUUUUGCUUUUUACCAUCGUGUGCCAAUUUAGAAAAUGGUUCAUCUCUGAAUUUGACCAUCUUGAAUGGAUUGGUGGUACAAAAGUUCACGCAGUUCACAAGUUUCAAAGAAACAUGUUGGAAGCCCAAAAUCAAGGCAAUACAACGAGAAACAUCGUGAACACCGAUAAGAAAAGAUGGGAUAG